UGUGCAUAGUUUUAGCGCACGUAGCAAAUCAGCAAGAAACAUUCGAGUUUCCCUGGCCUGUUCUCAAAAGCCCCUCUGCAAUUACAUAUUUACAUUAUCCAAAGUUCUCAAAAACCCCUCUGCAAUUUCUUCUCUUAUUCCAGAUUUCUCCCUAUUAACACCAAAAUUUAUUGUUUUUCUGUAUUUACACUGUAUUGUUGUCUUCCUCCUUGCAAAGUUGGAGAAUUUCUUCUUCUCCUUCAAAAUCCCUCAAAUGGGUGAUUAAACUGUUGGUUAAAUUGUGAAUUUUGAGCAUAAAUGUCGCUGAAACUCACACCCUUCAACAAGGCAUACGUUGUAAUACCACCAAUUUUCAACCCUACUUUCUGUACAAACAUGCUUAGUUUGAGAUACCCACCUCAAAAUAUUACCCCUAGUUUGGAAUCUAUUCAUCUUUCCAGAAAUUACAGCUCAAGAUAUGUGGUUGUAUGUGGGUUAAAAGGUCCUAGACCCAGAUAUCCUCGGGUAUGGAAGACCCAGAAGAAAAUUGGGACAAUAUCCAAAUCCAGAAAGCUUGUUGAUUGUAUAAAGGAAUUGUCAAAUGUUAAAGAAGAAGUAUAUGGGGCACUUGAUUCGUUCAUAGCGUGGGACUUGGAAUUUCCUCUCAUCACUGUAAAGAAAGCAUUGAAGACAUUAGAGAAUGAAAAGGAAUGGAAGAGAAUAAUUCAGGUGACCAAAUGGAUGUUAAGCAAAGGUCAAGGAAGAACAAUGGGAAGCUAUUUUAUGUUAAUGAACGCAUUAGGGGAGGAGGAUAGACUUGAGGAGGCUGAAGAGUUGUGGACGAGAUUAUUUUCCGAGCAUCUGGAAAGCACACCUCGCAUGUUCUUUGACAAGAUGAUUGGGAUUUACUAUACCAGAGAGAUGCAUGACAAGAUGUUUGAUGUUUUUGCUGAUAUGGAAGAGUUGGGUCUUCGGCCAACCACUUCAAUUGUUAAAAAUGUUGGAGCUGUGUUCCGGAAGCUUGGAAUGAUGGACAAAUACGAAAAGCUGAACCAGAAAUAUCCGCCACCUAAGUGGGAAUUUCGGUACAUCAAGGGAAAACGUGUCAAAGUUCGAACUAAGCAGUCUGAUGACUCCUCUGAUGAAAAUGAUGUUGACGACUUGAAUGAGCAAGGAGAGUCUAAUGAUAGUGACAACGAACAUGAUGUGCAACCAGAUGGAUUACAGGAUGAAGAGGAUAAUUCUACCAAAUUUAUGGAAUAGAAGUAGUUAACUGAUGUUGUAAUAUAGUACAGAUAUCAUGUUAUAUUAUGCAGUAUGGCUAAAUCUGAUAUAGAAAAGAUAUGUAGUCUCAUAGUGCAAAAAUAACUGCACAUUUGGAAAUGAAUGCAGUUUCAUACUUUCAUAUGA